AUUCUGAAAAUCCAAUUGGGUGCAUUUUAUCUUUUCUAUCCUACUCUAUGUCUGCAAACUUUUUUUCAAACUAUAAAAACCCAAAAUACUUCCAAACUUAGUAUCAGUUACAAUUUGUCUUUUAGUAAAGCAUCAGCAACAUUUUAAAAAAUAAGAAAAUAACCAGUAAAAUAAAUAAUCAUGAAUUGCAAAUUUGCCUUAAUAUUUCUGGUUGUUCUUGCAGUAGCUCUUAAAUCUUCCCAGGGAACUAGCAUUAGCAUUCAGGAUAUCAAAGAAGAUGUAGCAGAACUGAAAAAACCAUUGAUUGCUGCAAAAGUUGGCAUUGCAACAGGUCUUGCAGCUAAAAUUAAGUUUGCAGCCUUAAAGAAAGCAGCAGUUGUUAAAACAAUUGUAAAGGCUCCAUUUAUUCUGGCGAAAAAAGCUGCAUUAUUAAAGAUUAAAGCUAUCAAGUCAUUGGCAGCUUUUAAGGCUGAUAAAGCGAAAAAAGCUGUAUCGUUCGUAGCAGGAAUUCCAUCAGCUGCAUUGGCAAAACUUAAACCCAAUUCUACCCCACAUGUCCAAGUAGCCCAUCAAACUGAAGUAAUUGACAACAUCUAUCCAGCAUAUCCUGAUCAUGGACAAAAUUACAAUCAUCAUCAAGAACAACACCAACAAUACCAAAUUCCUGCUAAUACCAAUUAUCACUACUACAAAAGUGCUCUAGAUGCUCCCCGAACAUACACCAAUGAUUAUAGCCUUGUUCCUGAAAACAAUUCAGGAAGCCAAUACUAUCCUGUUUCUGAUAUUAUCCAGCCCCAUCAAAAUUAUGGUGUUCCAGCAAAUUGAUUAGAUAUUUGCAGAAAAUUAUAAAACUAAUUUUAAGUUAAUAAAUACAAGAAACUUUUUUCA